UUUCUUUUUUAUUCUUUCAUUUUCCUUUCUCUUUCUUUUUUAUUUUUUAUUUUUAUUUUUUUGCUUUUGCAGUGGUUUGCUUGCAAUGCAAAUCACUCCAAAGAUUCCCAGGGUCUGACCUUGACCUUCGGAAACAGAGGCUUUGCUUUCAUGGUUCCCAAGCUUCUGGGUUUUGAAUUCCGUCAAAGGGUUUUGCUCAGGAACCCAUCUAGGGUUUUGUUUAUGAACUGGUUUAGGGUUUUGGACUUGGCUCAUGGAUUUACAGACCCUUCUAUUGUAUGUUGAAGGGAAAGGGGAAUAAGUGUUUUGGACUUCAGAAGCAGGACCAGAGAUGAAAUGCGACAAGCCAAGUUGGAUUAGACAUGAGGGAAUGCAAAUUUUCUCUAUCGACAUUCAACCAGGUGGACUUAGGUUUGCAACUGGUGGAGGUGAUCACAAGGUGAGGAUAUGGAAUAUGAAAUGUGUGGAUAGGGACUCAGAAAAUGACCAAUCAACUCAGAAACUACUGGCAACCCUCCGUGAUCACUUUGGAUCAGUUAAUUGUGUUAGGUGGGCAAAGCAUGGGCGCUAUUUAGCAUCGGGGUCUGAUGAUCAGGUCAUUCUCAUUCACGAAAGGAAACCUGGGUCAGGCACUACUGAGUUCGGGAGUGGAGAGCCCCCUGAUGUCGAGAAUUGGAAAGUUACCAUGACUUUGAGAGGACACACUGCAGAUGUGGUAGAUCUUAAUUGGUCUCCAGAUGACUCAAUAUUAGCUAGUGGGAGUUUGGAUAACACAGUACACAUUUGGAACAUGAGUAAUGGUAUUUGUACUGCUGUUCUAAGGGGCCAUUCCAGUCUAGUUAAAGGUGUUGCAUGGGAUCCCAUUGGCUCUUUCAUAGCUAGCCAGUCAGAUGAUAAGACUGUUAUUAUUUGGCGAACUAGUGACUGGAGUCUUGCUCAUAGGACGGAUGGACACUGGGCAAAAUCUCUUGGAUCAACCUUUUUUAGGCGGCUUGGGUGGUCACCUUGUGGCCAUUUCAUCACCACCACUCAUGGUUUUCAGAAGCCAAGGCAUUCUGCACCUGUAUUAGAAAGAGGGGAAUGGUCUGCCACCUUUGAUUUCUUAGGACACAAUGCUCCUGUUAUUGUGGUGAAAUUUAACCACUCAAUGUUCCGGAGGAAUUUUUCCAAUGGUCAGGAAGUAAAAGCUGCACCAUCUGGAUGGACUAAUGGAGCCUCGAAGACUGCAGCAAAGGAAUCACAACCAUACAAUGUCAUUGCAAUUGGGAGCCAGGAUCGCACUAUUACUGUAUGGACUACUGCAAGUGCUCGUCCUCUCUUUGUUGCCAAGCAUUUCUUUACUCAAAGUGUUGUAGAUUUAUCCUGGAGUCCUGAUGGAUAUUCACUUUUUGCCUGUUCCUUAGAUGGGACUGUGGCAACAUUCCAUUUUGAGGUAAAAGAGAUUGGCCACCGAAUUAGUGACUCUGAGCUUGAUGAGUUAAAAAGAAACCGCUAUGGUGAUGUCAGAGGAAGGCAAGCAAACUUAGCUGAAAGCCCAGCACAGUUAUUGCUAGAGGCAGCCUCGGCUAGGCAAGCCACAAGUAAAAAGGCAAACAUUGGUGGUUUGCAGAACCAAACUCCUGGAAAGUUGUCCAGUGAUUUGGGUGUUCCUGAUAUGACUCAGACACUUUUAAAGGCUUCUGAGUCCCAAGUUGACGAUGGAAAGAAAAAUGGAACAGCUGGUGGAGAUGGGUUAAACAAAGCUGUAACUUCCACCCGGAUUUCUAGUCCUGUGAAGCAAAGGGAAUAUAGACGGCCUGAUGGCAGAAAAAGAAUUAUUCCUGAGGCAGUAGGGGUGCCUGCUCAUCAGGAAAGUAUCUCUGGUGGGCCCAAUGCUCAAGCACUUGAGUUUCAUCGCACUGACUCAGAUAAGAGAAGGGAUGAUAAUGGGGUGGUUCCUGCUGAUGGUGGAAUUCGGGAUGGUUCUCUGAAGAGACCAUUUAGUGGAAGUUUUGAAACAGACCAUUGCGGGGCUAAAGAGCGGUCAGGAAUCACUGCUAGGGCAUCCAUUAGUGAGAACCUGGUCAUUGAGAAGGUUCCUUUCUCUGCAGCUGAUAGACAAUUAAAUGUAGAACAAUCGGGGACUGUCAAGGCUUCUGGUUCUCAUAUUGCUUGUAGUACAGCUCUUUCAAUUAGGGUCUUUGGUAAAAAAGAAGGAGAAGAUUGCAGUCCAGUCUGUUUGGAAGCUUGUCCUGUUGAACGUGCUGUCAAUGAUGUGGUUGGGGUGGAAAAUGCAUUUACAAGUAAAGAAACAGAAGUUACAUGCAGAAGAGGGUCUCAAACUCUUUGGUCUGAUCGGUUGUCUGGAAAAGCAACAGUCUUGGCUGGAAAUGCCAAUUUUUGGGCUGUUGGCUGUGAAGAUGGAUGCUUGCAGGUUUACACAAAGUGCGGAAGAAGAGCCAUGCCAACCAUGAUGAUGGGGUCUUCAGCGAUAUUCAUAGAUUGUGAUGAGUGCUGGAAAUUGUUGUUAGUCACAAGGAAGGGAUCAGUAUAUGUGUGGGAUUUGUUUAACAGGACCUGUCUGCUGCAUGAUUCACUAGCUUCUUUGAUUACUUCUAGUCCAAAUUCAUCUGGCAAAGAUGCAGGUAUAAUUAAAGUUAUAUCUGCAAGGUUCUCGAAAUCUGGUUCACCUCUUGUCAUUUUGGCCACCCGACAUGCCUUCCUUUUUGAUAUGAGCAUGAUGUGUUGGCUGAGGAUUGCAGAUGAUUGCUUCCCUGCAUCCAAUUUUGCAACUUCCUGGAAUCUUAGUUCAACUCAGAGUGGUGAACUAGCUGCUUUGCAGGUGGAUAUUGGGAAGUUUUUAGCAAGAAAGCCAAGUUGGAGCAGGGUGACUGAUGAUGGGGUGCAGACACGUGCACAUUUGGAGGCUCAGUUGGCAUCUUCACUGGCAUUAAAGUCCCCUAAUGAGUACCGCCAGUGCCUUCUGUCAUACAUACGUUUUUUAGCAAGAGAGGCAGAUGAGUCCCGUCUACGAGAAGUCUGUGAGAGCUUUCUUGGGCCCCCAACAGGAAUGGCUGAAUCAACAUCAUCAGAUCUCAAGAAUCCAGCCUGGGAUCCUUGUGUGCUUGGUAUGAAAAAACAUAAACUCCUAAGAGAAGAUAUACUUCCAGCCAUGGCAUCAAAUAGAAAGGUGCAACGAUUACUUAACGAGUUCAUGGACCUCCUAUCUGAAUACGAAAGCAUUGAAACUUUUGUAGAUCACACAAACGCUGUUGAUCAUACAAAUUCUUCCCCACCAACAGAAGGUAAGGUAGACUCCGUCCACGCAUUGACAGAUCAGCUGGAUUCUACCCUACCAUCCAAGGACACUGCAACUUGAGUAUAGACAUUGGCCAAAUGAGAGAAAAUAUAAGGCUGUUUAGACCGAUGUCAGAGACCUGGGAAUGCAGAGAAUGAAACAUAGGUAUAUGGGAGCCAAGCUUGCUCUGGCAUUUGUAUUUUAUAACCAAGUCCACGUGACAUCUCUCCAGAUUCUCCGAAAAUUUUUUGGUGUACCUAGUGGCUAUUGUUGUUGAUGCUUCUCAUCCUUGAUUGAUGUACCAUCUGUAGUGUGUUUUCCCUUUGUUCCAAGUUCUAACCCCUCUUUGAAGCAGCAGCUCCCAAGUGUGUAUUACUAAUCAAUCAUUUCAUCAUGUUGUUUAUUUGGGCUAGUUUUAUUGAUUUCCUUGAUUAAUUUUUGACUCAUUUACGUUGUGAAUGACUGUUUUUAUCUAUAGGAUUUUAUGGGUUAGGAUGUAU